AUGGAAGUGCUUUCGAAUCCGUUCAAGUUCAACGGGGCAAUAAAGAGGGCGCUGAGGAGGCGGAAGUACAGCCGGGUGGAGGGAACGAGGAAGAGCGUGAAGGUGGUGAGGUUUGGGUCUAAGCGGUCAUGGCGGAUAAAGGCGGUGCCGAGGCUGCGGUGGAAGAUGCUGUCGCCGGUGAAGCUGUGGACUAGGAUCAAGAAUGCAUAUGUGAAGAUGAUGCUCAGCUUCGCCGGCAACGUCGGGUACCUUAGCGGCGGCGCCGGGAAUGGGAUUGAGCAGAAGAGAAUCGGCAGAGGUCGGGGGGCUAAGAUGGGGUAUACCACAACUGAGUUUGAGAACAGGUUGAUGUAUGAGAUUUACAAGUCCUUGGUGCCUUCAAUGGAGUUGUACCCCAUGCAAUAG